UUGUCAGUUGUGGCAAAGAAAAGAACACAUCUAUCUCGAUUGGAAAGAUACAGAAAGCCAGAUGGUUUGUCUUUGGGUGUGUUUGGUGUCUGCAUAUACCUGCGCUGAAACGUGCUAAAUUCGGACACUUUUCUAUUUAAAGUUUUAGUCGGAAAAUGGGGCAAAUGGCCAAUGAGUAGUUUGCUGCGAACAAGCUCUAAAAUGCUGUGAUGGUUGGUCUACUCUACAGGCUGUUCCGCACCAUUUGAAAAAAAUCACCGUGUCAGUUUCAUCUUUCUUAUGCAAAGUAGCUGUCUUUGAAGGCGGAUCUUUUGGCAGGUUAGCCCAGGACAGUGGCAACGACAAGCUCAAACGAGAAAUGCCACCAACCAGUCCAAACUGAAUAGGUCUGUCUCUGGAGUGGUUAGUCAGGAAUAGACCUCAACUCUGUUUUAGUUAAUAAGGUUACUACACCGUUUGCGUGGAUUUAUCGUACGCACUUAGGCUACUCAAACGCGGUGCAAGAGGAGGAGUAAUUUAGUUGAGUUGGUAAAUGACAGACUGGUUCCAUUCGUGCUGCAGGACCCGAUUUUAAUGUCUAUGUGCAGGACAGAGACUGGAGGAUUCUGUCCUGACGUUGUUGAAACCGAGGAGUACUGUCCCUUAACGCACUUUUAGAAGCGCUGGAACGUUUGUUUGGAUCGGAAAACGUUUAUCCAAUCAGAAAAAGAACCAAGGCAGACAAAACAAUAAAUUGUGCAACGGACUAGGCACAACUACCGUAAAUGCAUUUAAUCUCUUAACAUGUUGGAUUUUUCUGGAACAAAUUGAUACACUUCAAAGCAUGGACAUUAUGGUUCAAAGAGGAGAGACUAUGCAUUCCACUGCUAAACUGAGCCUCGUCAAUGUGCUGCUGGUCUGUCUGAGUGGUGGCUGCUCAGCCAUUAGCUCCAUAGACCCUGACCGGCCGGGUGAAGGGAGAUGUCAACAGAUUGUCAUCCCCCUAUGUAAGGACAUUGGCUACAACAUGACAAGGAUGCCCAAUCUGAUGGGCCAUGAGGACCAGAAUGAGGCAGCCAUCAAGCUACAUGAGUUUGCCCCUCUCAUAGGGUUUGGAUGCCACACUCACCUCAAGUUUUUUCUCUGUUCGCUGUAUGCACCUAUGUGCACAGAGCAGGUAUCCACCCCAAUCCCUGCUUGCAGAGUGAUGUGUGAGCAGGCCAGGCAAAAGUGCUCCCCUAUCAUGGAGCAGUUCAACUUCCGCUGGCCUGACUCCCUGGACUGCUCCAGACUACCUACUAAAAAUGACCCCAACAACCUCUGCAUGGAGGCCCCCAACAACGGCUCAGACGAGCCCCCCAAAGGCUCCCACACCCAGCGUCCUGACUUCAGGCUUCAGCGGCCCAUGAAGGAGACGGAGAGCAAGGAGACCUGCAGUAACCCAGGCAAGUUCCACUAUGUGCAGAAGAGUGAGUCCUGCGCCCCCAAGUGCUACCCCAAAGUGGAUGUGUACUGGAGUCAGGGAGAUAAGCAGUUCUCUCUGGUGUGGAUGGCUAUCUGGUCCAUCCUCUGCUUCAUCUCCAGCUCAUUCACUGUCCUCACCUUCCUCAUUGACCCCCAGCGAUUUAAAUACCCCGAGAGGCCUAUCAUCUUCCUUUCCAUGUCCUACUGUGUCUACUCUGUGGGCUACCUCAUCCGUCUGUUUGUGGGGGCAGACAGUAUCGCCUGUGACCGGGACAGUGGGGUCCAGUACAUCAUCCAGGAGGGACUGGAAAGCACGGGCUGCACCAUCGUCUUCCUCAUCCUCUACUACUUCGGCAUGGCCAGCUCCCUCUGGUGGGUCAUCCUCACACUCACCUGGUUCCUGGCUGCAGGGAAGAAGUGGGGCCACGAGGCCAUCGAGGCCAACAGCAGCUACUUCCACCUGGCGGCCUGGGCCAUCCCGGCCAUCAAGACCAUCAUGAUCCUGGUGAUGAGGAAGGUGGCGGGGGACGAGCUGACGGGGGUGUGCUACGUGGGCAGCAUGGACGUGAAAGCUCUCACAGGCUUCGUGCUCAUCCCACUCUCCUGCUACCUCAUCAUCGGCACCUCCUUUCUGCUGUCAGGCUUCGUGGCCCUGUUCCACAUUCGCAAGAUCAUGAAGACGGAGGGGGAGAACACGGAUAAACUGGAGAAGCUGAUGGUACGGAUCGGAGUGUUCUCGGUCCUCUACACUGUACCUGCCACCUGCGUUAUCGCCUGCUACUUCUACGAGAGGCUCAACAUGGACUACUGGAGGAGCCUGGCCGUGGAGCAGAAGUGUGUUGACAGCAGCAGGAACAAUGCAGAGUCUGAGGAGUGUGGUAUGAAGAGCUCCAUCCCGGCUGUGGAGAUCUUCAUGGUUAAGAUCUUCAUGCUGUUAGUGGUGGGCAUCACGAGUGGCAUGUGGAUCUGGACCUCAAAAACACUGCAGUCGUGGCAGAAUGUGUUUAGCAGGAAGCUGAAGAAGAGGACUAGGAGGAAGGCUGCCCGUGUGUUCACAAGCAGUGGGCCUUACAUCAAGCCUCACCCAGCACUCAAAGCGCACAACACAAAGUAUGAGCCUACCAGGCCCCCUCCUACAUGCGUAUGAGCUGGCGCUCUCACAGACAGUCUGCGAAACCAAAAUCCUUCUAAAGCCCUUACCUAAAACAGACUUUUUAAUCAGAGUGCCAACAAGAGACAACAAUGUUCAUAUUUAUUCUAAGUGUUUUUUUGUUAUCUUGAUCCAUCUCAAGCUACAAGGACAGCCUUUGUUUAAAAUAUCUGCUACUCCUGGAACCACUUAUCCAUUUAAGAACAUGAUAGAGGGAAAAAACUUUUUGUUUCUAAGACAAAGAAAUGGGAAUAAACCAUUUCGAUGUGCAAUAGAUGUUUUCCUUAGUGACAAAAAAGACAGUACUGUAGAAACAGAUGAAGACAAUGAAGAGACUCUGACAAAGGCAGUGAAUGGUCUGGGAGAUCGAGACCCUUUAGUGUUGCGUUGUGUGGCUUUUUAAUGGAAAUCAAGGCAGUGUCACAUGUUUGGACUGAAGUGAGAAAGCAGCUGUUGAAAGGGGCUCAGGAUUGCAUGGAAGGUAGUGUGACGCAAAAUCAUGCCACAAAUAAAUCAACAAGCACUGGACAUCGCAAAAGUUACUAUUUGUACAGACAGUUUUCCUGUUGUUGUAUCUUUGCUGUUUUAUAGCACAAGGGAGCAUUUGUAUAUAUUUCUUGAAGUUCAUAUUUUAUAAAAAAUAAUAAUAAAACAUUCCAGUUUUAAAUGUCCUAAACUGGAACUGUAUAUUAUAA